AUGCCAGUAAAGGGCGAACACGCCGCCCCUUUACAGCGUGUUCCGCCCUUCAUAAUCGACGACUCAACCUCGUCCUCCGACGAGGAAGACGAUACUAUGGCUCCUCGCCAUAGACGUACUAACAAGAACAACCACGAUAUCGUCGAGAAAUCGUUGUUCUUCCUGCUCAUCAUCUCCCUUCACCUCGUCCCCUCGUGGGGGCUCACCGACUCCGAGAGCCUCCUCAAGUUCAAGGCCUCCCUGGCCAACGCCAAGGCCCUCGCCGAUUGGGCCGACAACAGCGUGGUGUGCGAUGGGGACAAUGCCAAUUGGAUCGGCGUGAUCUGCGACGAAGGCCUGGUCUUGGGCCUGCAGCUGGAGAAGAUGGGGCUCGGAGGGAAGAUCGACGUGGACAGCCUGGCGGAACUCGAGGAGCUGAAAACUGUGAGCCUCAUGGACAAUGCGUUUGAUGGCCCCCUGCCGGAUUUCAAGAAACUUGGCGGGUUGAGGGCGUUGUACCUGUCGAACAACCAAUUCUCCGGCGAGAUUCCUGCGGAUGCUUUUCAAGGAAUGACCAAGCUGAAGAAAUUGUACCUGUCUGGUAACAAGUUUACAGGGGAAAUCCCUUCGUCGCUAGCUGGGUUGUCCAAGCUUACCAAUUUGAGGCUCGAACAGAACGAAUUCACGGGGCGGUUGCCUGAAUUCACUGCCAAGUUCGAGGCUUUCAACGCGUCCGAUAAUAAGCUGGAAGGACCCAUCCCUGCUAGCCUUGCCAACCUUGAUCCGUCUGCAUUUUCUGGGAACAAAGGCUUAUGUGGAAAACCAUUAGGCGAAUGCACCGCCGCUCCCGCCCCAUCCGACGCCGCCGCCCCAACGGCGGCAAAGGCUGCCGCCGCCGCCUCAAACUCUAAGUCAAGCCUCCUCCAAACCGACGGCGCCGCAAACCCGACCGACCCGGACGACCCGACCGGUCACGCCGCUGCCACCACCGGCUACUGGAAGCCGUCGACGGCGAGCAUCGUCUUCGUGGCCAUCGUCGGCGGGUUCGCCGUAUGCGGGAUCCUCGCUGCCGCAUUCAUCCUGAUGCGGCGCCGCCACCAGCCCCCGGAGUCGAUCGAGGCCGGCACCCCGGGGGUGCCGGACAUCCAGCCAGACGACCCGAACCCACGGGCGCCGAAGAAGCAGGAGAGCCGCGUGGCGGCCGGAGGAGGGAAGAAGUCGGCGGCGGCGGCGGAGGCGGUGAAGCUUUCGUUCGUUCGUGAGGACAGGGGGAAGUUCGAGCUCACCGACCUGCUGAAGGCGUCGGCGGAGAUACUGGGAGCCGGGUGCUUCGGUUCGUCGUACAAGGCGGCGCUGACUUCCGGGCAGGUGAUGGUGGUGAAGAGGUUCAAGCAGAUGAAUAAUGUUGGGAGGGAGGAGUUCCACGAGCACAUGCGGCGCGUAGGGAGGCUGAAGCAUACCAACUUGUUGCCGCUUGUUGCUUACUAUUACAGGAAGGAGGAGAAGCUGCUGGUUCAUGACUUCGUUCCCUAUGGUAGUUUGGCUGUCCAUCUCCAUAGCCACCAAGCCCUAGGGCAGCCAAGCCUGGAGUGGGAGAACCGGGUGAAGAUCAUCAAGGGAGUCGCCAGGGGACUGUCCUAUCUCUACAAGGAGCUCCCCAGCCUCAUCUCCGCACACGGCCACCUGAAAUCCAACAACGUCCUCCUCGACGAGAACUUCGAGCCUUACCUCACCGACUACGCCCUCAUCCCCGUCAUCAACCAGGAGAACGCCCAGGAGCUCAUGGUCGCCUACAAGUCCCCGGAGUACCUCCACCACGGCCGCGUCACCAAAAAAACCGACGUCUGGGCCCUAGGGAUGCUCAUCCUCGAGAUCCUCACCGGCCGCAUCCCCUCCACCGUCCUCAAGCAAGCCACGAGUAGUGGUGGUGGUGGAGGGGACAGUAAGGAGGAGGAUCUGGCGGCGUGGGUGAGGUCGGUGCCGGAGGAGGAGUGGCCGCGGGCGGUGGUGGACAAGGAGCUCGCGGAGGAGAUUGUGAAUGAGCGUAAUGAAGGCGAGGUGGUGAAGCUGGUGAGGAUCGGGUUGGGAUGUUGCGAGGCGGAUGUGGAGAGGAGGUUUGAUUUGAAGGAGGCGGUGGAGAGGAUCGAGGAGGUGAAGGUGAACGACGAUAGGCCGGAGGAUGCCGCCGCCUUCGACGACGAUUUCUAUUCUUCGUAUAGUGAGAGCACUACUGCGACCGGUGGUGGCGGUGGCGGGGAGCGGAGGAAGCCGUCGAGAGAAUUGUCUGCUGAUUUUGGUGGCAUCUCUUAA